UGUCUGCCCCCAUGGUCUUCAUGGGAAUGCUACUGUCUGUUAUCUCCAGCAGCUUCCCAGAGGAGGUUUUCUCUCAGCCAUGAUUGCAUUAUGUCCAAAGGCUGCACGUAUCUCCCCCUUGAGCCCAGCACAGAGCUCUGCCCUCAGGAGGCCUCAGUUUUGGUGACCUUCAAGGAUGUGGCUGUGACCUUCACCCAGGAAGAGUGGGGACUUCUGGACCUGGACCAGAGGGCCCUGUACCAGGAGGUGAUGCUGGAGACCUGUAGGCUUCUGGUCUCAUUGGGGCAUCCAGUUCCCAAAGCAGAGUUUGCCCACCUGCUGGAGCAUGGGCAGGAGCUGUGGACAGGAAAGGGAGGCCUCUCCCGUAGCACCUGCUCAGGUGACAGCAUGAGACUUCAGACCAGGGACCCAAGCACUCCUCAGCCGGUUUUGUCUGAGGGAGCCUCGCUCCAGGGAAGCCUGACUCAGGGAUCUUCAAAGGACUCCAGGUUGGCGCAUGCCAAGGACUGGGAAGGGCUUGUGGAAAUGCAGAAAGGUCAGCUGAAGCCUGGGACAGAUGCUCAAAAAGAGACCCAUCUUGGGAGAAUGAGCCUUGAAGAUGACAGUUUGGGGACAGAGGAUAAUCUGCACUCCAGGGUGUUACAGGAAAGAGUGUCUCAGGGACAUGUUCUCCGUGAAUGUGACCCACAGGGACGCAGUAAAGGCCGUAUGAUUCAUGCCGGGAAUAUUCUCUACAAAUGCAAGCAGUGUGGGAAGGGUUUUAACCGGAAGUGGUACCUCGUUCGACAUCAGCGGGUUCACACUGGAAUGAAGCCCUAUGAAUGCAAUGCAUGUGGGAAAGCCUUUAGCCAGAGCUCAACCCUUAUUCGCCACUACCUCAUCCAUACCGGGGAGAAACCAUACAAGUGCGUGGAGUGCGGGAAAGCCUUCAAACGCAGGUCCUACCUUGUGCAGCACCAUCCAAUUCACACUGGGGAGAAGCCCUACGAGUGCAGCCAGUGUCGAAAGGCCUUUACCCACCGCUCUACUUUUAUUCGGCAUAACAGGACCCACACUGGAGAAAAACCCUUUGAGUGCAAAGAAUGUGAGAAAUCCUUCAGCAACAGAGCACACCUGAUUCAGCACUACAUCAUCCACACGGGAGAAAAGCCCUACGAUUGCAUGGAGUGUGGGAAGGCCUUCAGAUGCAGCUCGGAACUCACGCAGCACCAGCGGAUUCACACCGGGGAGAAGCCCUAUGAGUGUGCCCAGUGUGGGAAAGCCUUUCACCGGAGCACGUACCUCCUUCAGCACUCUGUCAUCCACACAGGGGAGACGCCGUAUAAGUGCCUCGAGUGUGGGAAGGCCUUCAAACGCAGGUCACACCUCCUGCAGCACCAGCGGGUUCAUACUUGAGAGAAGCGCUCUUGGUGCCGUGAAUGUAGAAAGGCCUUCGCCUGCUGCUCCUCUUCUGUCCGUCUUGAGGGGAGCACAGUGGAGGAAACAAAAACAAAACAAAAACCCUCUCAGUAUAAAGAAUGUCGGAGAGGUUGUUUUUGGGUCUUCAGGCACAUGAGUAGUCAUACUGGAAAGGAGGCCUGUGAUGCAGUGAACAUGAGAAAGCCUCCAGCCACUGCUCUCCGCCCACUCAUCAUGGGGUUCACACCGGAGAGAAUUUCGAGAAGGCAGGUCACCCAUGGGUCCACCUCUGUCAGCGUCAGAGAAAGCCUCAGGUAAACACAUUCUGAACACAACUACUGAGGAGUCUUUAGCCAGAAGAAGAUACUUACUUACCAUCUGACAAUGUGUAACAAACGGGAACCACAUCCUUGUCAUUGCUGUGAGAAAACCUGUGACAGGUCAGCACUUAAGAAUCAGAUGGAAUGGGACACAGCAUAGGCCUUACUGUGAGAAGGAUGUGGGAGACAGGCAGUGGGUACUGUGCACUUAAAAAAACCUCUGACCACAGAUCUUCCCCUUGGUUGAUGCUUGGAAAGCCAUCUCAGCAUUAUUUUUUAAAAGAAGGAAAAGGGAAUGGAAAUCUAGACUAUAAAAGGAAAAAACAAAUGUCUUCACAAACUGUCAGAUUUCCCUGCCAAACCUCUUACAGUUUUUCAUCAGUUUUAUUAUUUUGGUGGGGGAAUGUUGGAGAGAAAUGGUCUCAGCCCUUCAUUUUUACGUG